AUGUGCAAGAGCCUGCUCAGUCGGGGCACGGCACUUAUUCACCAAUUCGUGCUCAGUGAAAUCACAGCAUGCGUUGCGCACUACACAAACCCUGAAGAAUCGCAUAUCUCGCUUGAGUAUCCCGACGAAAUGAUGAUCGAUGAGUUGCAGGAAGCCUUCGGUGAUCUGGCUCGAGCUUGCAAUGUUCGAGUGAUUAGUUGGCGGAAGUUGGGCACGAAUCGCGAAACUCUCGGAGAAGAGGCGAAAAAGACCGAGCCUUUAAUGCGACAGGUGUUUGUCACUGCCGGAUAUGUAGCCGAAGAUCCGGAACGGUUCGAUCGUAACGUUUACUUACUACGGAAGCUAACCGUCAAUAAUAUGGCUAAACAAAUGCUCGACUGUUAUAUAUGUUCACUGAGUACUACUACUAUUGUAUACAAG